CCUGCCCCCUCACGACGGCCGCAACCAUGUUGGGCAUCGUCAAGUGGCUCAUCAGCUACAUCCUCGGUGGCAUCAGCUUCGUCGCCAUCCUCGUCGGCUGCGCCUGGUGUAAGCCUCAUGUCUCUCGCGCCGCUCUAACUUCCCAGACCUCACAUUCGCUUAUGGGUCGAGCCCCAUUGGAGACUUCGAUCUGCGGAAGCGUGACAGAAUGAGGCUCGAGCAGGAGUCGCUCAAGGCAUCUGCGAAGCGCAAUGGUC